AUGGCUCCCUUGACCGAAGUCGGUGCCUUCUUGGGCGGCCUGGAGGGCUUGGGUCAGCAGGUGGGGUCGCACUUCUUGCUGCCUCCUGCAGGGGAGCGACCGCCGCUGCUCGGGGAGCGGCGGGGCGCGUUGGAGCGGGGCGCCCGCGGCGGGCCGGGUUCCGUGGAGCUGGCGCACCUGCACGGCAUCCUGCGCCGCCGGCAGCUCUACUGCCGCACCGGCUUCCACCUGCAGAUCCUGCCCGACGGCAGUGUGCAGGGCACCCGGCAGGAUCACAGCCUCUUCGGUAUCCUGGAAUUCAUCAGUGUGGCGGUGGGGCUGGUCAGUAUCAGAGGUGUGGACAGCGGCCUGUACCUUGGCAUGAAUGGCAAAGGAGAGCUUUAUGGCUCAGAGAAAUUGACUUCUGAAUGCAUCUUCAGGGAACAAUUUGAAGAGAACUGGUAUAAUACCUAUUCAUCCAACAUAUAUAAACACGGAGACACGGGUCGCAGGUAUUUUGUAGCACUUAACAAAGACGGAACUCCAAGAGACGGUGCCAGGUCCAAAAGACACCAAAAGUUUACCCAUUUUUUACCCAGACCAGUGGACCCAGAGAGAGUUCCAGAGUUAUACAAAGACCUACUGAUGUACACUGGAUGAACCUAGAGCCAUCUGUUUUACAAACACAGUUCCUGUUGUUAAGUUACACUGAAGAAGACGUUCAGGACAUCACAGAAUCUGCUUUUCACUGAGACACUCUAUUUGGAAGAAUAUUGAGAAGAAGGAAUUAACAUGAAGCAAAGCAAGAUCAUCCUCCUUACGUGGAUUGUAGUUCCUUAGACACAAUGGCUCAGUCUUACCAGCUGACUGAAGCUGAAGUCAGUUCAUCUGUGGAGAAUGUGAACCUUGCUGCUGACGGAUGCCUCAUGUCUCUGGAUAAUGUUUACUUGGACAGUUACCUUAAAAACAGAUCCUUCAUGUUGAAGAAGUGGAUUGAGAUGACAUAAUUACUGCCUCAUAGAUUCUAAGGACCUUGUAGAAAGGUUAUAACAUUAUGCAUAAAGAAAUCGAAAUAUUGGAUGACUUUGAUUCACAAAACAUGCCACAAUGAGAUGAAACU